UUUAUCGUUUGUAUUGGUGCCUGGAUGCAAUGUUUUCCAUAUGUUACAAUUUAAACAGGUUAAAAAAUAACCUAUCAAUUGUAAGUCCGAUAACCUACAAUAUAAAUACAGUACAGUGCUGCGUUACACGAUACAUGAAUAGUUGUCCUCAGUGAUCGCACUGUUAGACCGGCAUAUUCUAUACCUAAUAAAUUAUCUUAUUCGAAUACGAAACCAGUCUGGCUUGGCUUUACAAGCGACGCGCUCGUGUACAUCGUAUAUUAUAACUUUGAUAGAGUUUAACAUGGUGAAAAUACACAAUUUCGGAGCCGGACCGGCAAAAUUACCCGAAGAAGUGUAUGAUAUAAUAAAAAACGAAUUGACCAAUUUCGGUGGAACUGGAAUUAGUUUAUUGGAAACCAGUCACCGUUCGCAAACAUACCUUAAACUGAAUACAGAAGUACAGGAUGUUGUAAGAAGAUUGUUAAAUGUGCCGUGUAACUACAAGAUAUUAUUCUUGGCUGGCGGGGGUCAGGGUCAGUUUGCUGCGGUGCCUCUUAACUUGAUAUCCAGGACUGGAACCGCUGAUUAUGUAGUCACAGGUACAUGGUCGGAUAAAGCUGCAAAAGAGGCGAAAAAGUACGGUAAAGUGAACCUAGUGUUGCCAGCGACGGACCGUCACACGGGCAUCCCGGACGUAUCUACAUGGAAACUGGACCCUAACGCAUCUUAUGUUCAUAUCUGUACCAACGAAACUAUUCACGGAGUGGAAUUCGAUUUCAUACCAGACACAAAGGGCGUGCCUCUUGUCGCGGACAUGUCCUCCAAUUUCAUGUCAAAGAAAAUUGAUGUUUCCAAAUUCGGAGUCAUCUACGGCGGAGCGCAAAAGAACAUUGGUACAGCGGGCGUCGCUCUCGUCAUAGUGCGAGAAGAUCUGCUGAACCAAGCUCUGCCAACUUGCCCCUCUAUACUGGACUGGACUCUCACCGCUAAGAAUGAUUCCAUACUGAACACUCCACCUAUGUUUGCUAUUUACAUAAUGGGCAGAGUUCUACAAUGGAUAGAGAGAGAAGGUGGUUUAGAUAAAAUGUCUGAAAUGGCGACAAAGAAGUCUUCACUGGUUUACAAAGUGAUAGAAGAGUCUAACGGUUUCUACUACGCGCCAGUCGUUAAGGAUGCGAGAAGUAAGAUGAAUAUUCCGUUCAGGAUCGGUUCUCCUGAAGGCAAUGAUGUGCUGGAGAAGGAGUUCUUGAAGGGCGCAGAAGCGAGAGGACUCAUACAGUUGAAAGGACAUCGCAUGGUGGGCGGCAUUCGCGCCUCCACGUACAACGCCGUGACGGUCGCGGAAGUGGAGACACUCGUCAGCUACAUGAAGGACUUCCACAGACAACAUUCCAAGUGAACUAUCUACUAAGUUGAACGUUUCUAUUUUUGUAUUAUGUUAAUGUUAUUAAAAAUUCUUUUAAAUUGUUCUUUACGAGAAUGGCUGUGUUUCGGAAAUAUACUUUCUUAUAAAUUAAA